AUGGCGGCCACCGUCGGCAAGGAGAGGGAGGAGGCGGUGGUCCACCCGAACGCGAGGCAGGGGGGCAAGCUCCUCUCCAGGCUGCUCACCAGGGACAGCUCGGCCGCCGCGCCGUCCUUCCGGGUCUACUACGGCGUGGCCUCCGCCGGCGCGGUGCCGUUCCUGUGGGAGUCGCAGCCGGGCACGCCCAAGAACGCCGUCUCCGACGCCGCGAUGCCGCCGCUCACGCCGCCGCCGUCCUACUACGCCGCUGGAGGCACCGCCGCCGCGAAGAAGCACGCGGCGCGCAAGGCCGCCGCCGGGGGCAAGAGGUUCAGGCCGUCCCGCAUCCUGGGCUCCAUCCUCAUGGCGACGCGGAGGCGGGGCCGGACGGCGCCCUCGUCGGUAUCGCCCACCUCAUCCUUCUCCUCCGGGUCGUCCUCGUCCUCCUCGACGUCGUCCUUCCGCCGCGCGGGCGGCAGCAGCAGCAGGCUGCACUCGUCGUCGUCGUCGUCGUUCUCGGACGACGAGGAGACGGCCAUGGCGACGUGCUUCAGGGUGCGGCAGGAGAGCUUUCGGGCGCUCAAGGGCUGCCGCGUCGCCGUGACGGUGAGGAGCGCGCUGGCGUCCGUCGGCGGCGGCCACGGCGCCGCAGUGCAGAGGGUCUAA